AUGGAAGGGGGCGGUGUCGAGAUGGACGGGGCUGGAGGACUGGUGAACACGUACACGCUGGACGAUACGCUGGCCAAGUUGAAGCUGCAGCAUCACCAAGAAGCAGGCGAGGGGAAGAGGCAGGCCGAGGCGGUCAAUAAGAUUGAUUUGUGCAAGCAGUUUCUGGGGCCUGAGGGCGCCCAGACGCUGGCCGAUGCCCUCACCCGCGCCUCCCUCCACGGCGAUGCACCCCCAACGCCACUGGCCUCCGCUCGCAGCGUCCUCCUCGGUGCGGACGAGAUCGGACCGGAGGGAGCGAUGGCGAUCGCGGCGAUGCUGCACCAUAACAAGACCCUGCGCACCGUGUUUCUGGGCUGCAACGACAUUGGGCCGAAAGGCGCGGCGGCGUUGGCCGACUCGCUCAAGGAGAACAAGACCGUGGAGGCGCUGUGGCUCAAGCGGAACUCGAUCGGGCCGGAGGGAGCCAAGUCGCUCGCUCGCGUAUUGGCCGGCGACAACGACGCCCUGCUCCUGCUCGACCUUGUCUUCAACAAGAUCGGACCCGAGGGCGGUCAACACCUGGCCCGCCUCCUGGAGGACGAGCGGUGCAGGCUGGAGGUGCUCUUCCUGGGCGGCAACGCGCUUGGACCGGCCGGCUCUGCCAGGCUUGCCCACAGCCUGGAGCACAAUCGCGUCCUGCAAGAGCUGUACCUGGACGUCAACGACAUGGGCGAUGAGGGGGCGGCCGCCUUUGCUCGUGUGCUCGCCACCAACUCCACACUGCGCGCGCUGACGCUUGCGAGCAACGACAUCGGAGACGAUGGCGCGGCGGCCUUGGCCGAAGCGCUCAUCAGCAACCCCAACUCGGCCCUCCAGAUGCUCAACCUGGGCUACCAGAAGAGCACGGUGGUGAUGGGCGGCCGACCCAACCGGAUCGGCGAUGCGGGCGUGGCGGCCCUGGCGCGCAUGCUGGCGACCAACCGCACGCUGGUGGCGCUCAACCUCAACAAGAACCAGGUCACGCGGGUCGGAGCCAGGGCGCUGGGCCGCGCGCUCGCCUCCAACCGCAGCCUGCGCGUGCUCGAGCUCAGGGCCAACUACCAGCUCGGCGACGACGGCGUCGUGGACCUGCUCGACGCCAUGGCGACGAACGACACGCUGGCCGCGCUCGACCUGGUCGGGUGCCAAGUGGGCCUCGUCGGGCUGCGGCGGCUCCUGCGCCAUGUCGAGACGCACCCCAGCCUGAUCAGCGUUCACCUCGGCGGCUGGAAGACGCGCCAGGCCGACGACGACGAUGGCGGUGAUGAGAGCAACGAGGACGACGGCUCGGCGCACGACGUGGCGCGCCGUGUCAUGGAGCAGGUCAAGGCCAACCGCGACAGGCACGGCCACUCUGCGCAGCAGCUGUUCAACAGCGUCGGGCGCUGCUACGGCGGCAAGAGGGUCGAGACGUGGCUGGAUGACAUCCGCAGCAUCUACCGCGUACCCAAGACGGACCACACCGACGGCGACGCCGACGCACAACCCAAGCCGACGGCGAAGAAAGAGGUCAAGAAGAAGAAGGUGUGGGCGAAGGUGAACAACAACAGCAAGCCGAAAGCGACCACUCCUUCGACGACGACGGACACCACACCGGCUGGUGCGGCUGGUGCGGCUGGCGCGACGGUCAAGCCAGGCCUGCGGCUGUCGGUCGAGAGCUGCCUGCGCACGCGGCUGCUCAACCAGUUGCGCCACAACCAGCAACUCGCCGCGCGCUUGGCCGUCGAGGAGGACAAGAACGACAUCACGGGAAGCGACGCGUCGUUUGCGUGGGCCAAGGCCCUCCCUGGCGACGGCCUUCGCGCGGCCCUGCAGCAAGCAAUGGCCCAGGGCAAGCGACUCGAGGCCCAUCCAACUGUGACGGGAGAGGAGGGCGAACCGCGUCUGUAG